GAAAAAUACUUUCCUUCGAUUUUGUCCCUUUCCUUUUCCUUCCCUUCCUCUUCAAGCCUUCUCUAUUUAUUUCUCCACAUUUCAUUCUCCCACUUCCACUCACCCUCCUCUCUCAUGGAUUUAUCUGUCAACAACCCAAAUCCACAAACAGUUAAGAGAAUGAUUUUGAUCUCUCUAGCUUUAUCGAAAUCUCUUUAACAUUUUACGUGUGUAAUGCUUUAUCAGAAAACAGUCUCUCUCUCUCUCUCGUUUCUUGGGAUUUCCUCUUCGUUUGGUGCCUCUGCGUAUUGAUUAAGGCCUUUGAGCCUUACCAUUUUCUUAACAAUGGGGAAUUGCCUUACCCACUCUAAGAAAUCGAAUGCUGAGAUCGCUCCUUACGAUUUCAUCAAAUCUACCACAGCUGUUAAAUUGUAUGGCUCUCCCACCGCCGGCUGCACUGCCUACAUCCGCUUCGCACUUCUAUAUAAGACCCUUUCUGUCCAUUUUUUCCCCACCACCGACACGCCCAAUACGCGACCAGUCCUCCAAAUCGGUUCUGAAACUGUUUCAGGGACGCGCGAGAUGUUGCUCCGAUUUAUCGACGCGAAAUUACCGCAGCCGCCGUUGGUAAUGAAGGAGAGUGAUGGGUUUGGUGAAACGACGCCGUGGGUAGUGAGGGCGGUGUUGUUGCAACAUAGGAGCAUGAGGUGGCACCUGGAAAGGAUGGUGAGGUGGGGAGACGACCUGGUGACGCGUGGAGGGAGGAGGAAUGGGGAUCCGGCAAUGGGUACUCCGAGGAUGGAGAUAAGAAAAUUUAGCAAGAGCUACUCACAGUUGCUGGAGUUCAUGCUUGAACACGCGCAGAUGGAGGAGCGCGUGGUUUUUCCUAUCCUGGAAAUGGCUGAUCGAGGGUUAUGUAGAGCUGCAAAUGAAGAGCAUGCAAGGGACUUACCAAUCAUGAAUGGAAUCAAAGAAGACAUUAAAUCCAUUGGAGUUCUAGACACCGGAAGCCCUGACUACCAAGAUGCUCUCUACAACCUUUCUACUCGGCUCAAAUCAUUAAUGGAACGUUGUAAAGAGCACUUUGAGGAGGAGGAGAGAGAUGUAUUGCCAUUGAUGGAGGCUGUGGAGCUGAGCAAAGAGCAGCAGUUGAGGGUUUUGGAGCAGUGUUUUGAUCUAAUGCAGGGAACUAAUUCACAUUUGUUCAACUUCCUAAUUGAAGGCCUUCUCCCUUGGGAAGCCAUGCAUUACUUAGAUUUGAUCUUGAGGUGCAAAGACGAAGAAAAGGCAGCCUCCAUGCUUUGCAGGAUUAUUGAAUGAGAUCUGGAGACUGGUUCCAUUUAUAUAGGUGCAUAAUAAGAAUGCAUUAUAGAAUUUUUAUUUGUUCAUAGAACCAAUGAUAACGAAUCACCGAAUUUCGACAUGUUCAUAGAAUUAAUGAUGUUUUCUCUACUCUUAUGGGGAAGAAAAUGAUAUUAGUUUGUAAUGCU